AUGGCCGCUCUCCCUGAUUCGAACGCGGCCGAUAUUCUCGCACUCACAAAGCUGUCGUGGGAUCUUUACCAUAACUGCUAUCUUAUUACUAACGACGCCCCCGAAGUCUUUAAGCAGCUCGUGAAUGAGCUAGCCUCUCUGCAAGGUGUUCUUCGAGCUCUCCGAGAUGACGUAAACUCCAAUACGUCCUUCUUCGACGACCUAGAGGAGGGUCGCAGAAAUACUUUACAGCGAUGUUUAGACGCCUGCCUCAAGACCUUACAGCAGUUGAAGGAUUUAAUCACCAAGUACAGGAAUUUGGGAGUAGGUGAUGGUAAACAAUUUUGGCAGAGAGUCAAAUUGAUCGCACAGCGAGGACAGAUAGAUGAUUUAAAAUCUAGGAUCAUGGUCCAUACCUGCAACCUUAGCUUAUGUAUGAGCUCGGUUGGCAAUUCAACUUUGACAAGAAUUGAGAGAUCAAUGGUGGAUGCUUUAGAACAGAAAAGCUUCCCUUGCACCCCGGAAACGCUUUCGCGUGGGCAGCGUGUCCUGAGAACCCCACCAAUACCGGGAGAUGAUGAGCUUCAGCUUGAGGAGUCAUUGCGUAUUGAGCCACUGCGUAUUAGUCCGAAAAAUGUUCCCAUGAGGGCAAAUAGCCUGCCAACUGCUGAGAUCCAUGCUCGUUUCUCUACUUCGGAAUCGAUUCUUUCUGGCGGGUCUGAGUGGUCAGCAACCACAGCAAAUACUACCUCUCCGUCAAUCAAUGACCCACUGAAGCGUUCCAUGUCCCACAAUUAUGUCGUUAGACGCACUGGUUCAUGUGCAUCAGAGUCGAGGCAUCUAAGAAUGCCUAGCUCUGAGAGUGAGCAGCUCAACAUCCACCCAGCAUUGCGAGAAGAGCCCUCUUCGGAUGAUCGCACUGAGUCCCCAGGAUCUGAGCUGGAUAAUACAGCCGUCACAAGUGCUGUCGCAACUGCUAUGCAUCAGCUUCAGCAAGUACAAAUCCGUGAAAGUAUCCUUCGACCGUUGCGAUAUGAACCGCGCGAUAAACUCCACCAACCUGAUCCCCAGCUUAUGAGAAUCUUUGAUGCCUUGGUGCAGGAUGAGUUGAGGAUCAAACGCCUCAACACAAGUGAUUGGCUACGAGUCGCAGUAUGGUGGCUAUUGAAGGCUCGAUCAACUCUUGCCAGUUCGGAUAGGCCGAGCCUCGUCGGCCCUCGAGGCAGUGUGACUCCACCAACAGGGUCCUGGGCCCCAGGCGAUCAAGCCUAUGUUGAUCUUCUCAAGGCAUCAUAUAUCUUAUAUGACAUUGUUUUGACUGACCCAAGCUCUCACGCCAUUCUGACCCAUGAAAACCGAAAGUUGAUCUCCGAUUUAUCGGAGGGGAUCAAAGACGAGUUUGCGCAUUUUAUCUCAUUGGAUGUCCCCGAAUGUUCUAUCAUGCAGUCCCAAAACCUCGAUAUUUGGGAACCUUUGCAGCCGGAAGAAGCAGCCGAGAAGGGCAGUGACUCAAUCAUCGGUUUGAACAAUGUGCGUUGGGCUACUGUUGACCUAGAAGACGCGGGAGAUGAAGAAGAAAGGGUUUUCUACCGAGCGUUCGUGAACGCUGGCAUUGGUAGCAAAAAGCUCCGUAUGCGAACAAAAGGCGCUCCGUACAUGCUCCUUUUGUCUGCAAGAGAGGGGGAAAGCGAGCCGAAGAUCACGAUCUGCAAUCAGAGUGGUACGCUUUGUUUGCAGCGAGACUUUCUACCCGAAGAUCUGGGCCAAAUGAUACGAGUUUGGCAAGCAACUGUCUCUGGUUACCCUGGCAUGAGAAUUUCGGAACCUAUCGUGCUACGAUUCGAUACCAAAAGUGUAUCUGUCUCUUUCCAACACACGUGUGACUUGCAGUAUUUCAUAAAUCUGCCAAAGGCAUACUUUGACGCCGUAUGGCAACGAGAGCCAGUGGACUCCGAUCAGUUCUCUGAGACUGUGCUAUUUAGGAGCUCGGUCGAAAAGUUUGAACAGCUGAAGGCGCCCACUAUGAGAGCUAUGAAUCCCCAGGUAAUUCGCAAAUCGUGUGAAGUGCGCAUUCUAGAGAGGUCUUAUGGAGAGGCAUGGCAGUCUGUCCGGCGCAUGGUCAUUAGCUCCUGGGUAGCCGAGCAGGCACCGAGAUGCAUUGAGUUAUUUAUGCCCAUGAGUCGUGUCCAGGUCUCCCGCGGUGAAGAGUCUGGACAGGUUUUGGUGAAAUGGUCAGACACGUGCCAAGAAAGGUCAACCAAAACGGACGGCAAUUACCAUCCUUUGUAUUCCUAUGUGUACGAUGACAAUAGCCCCAAUAUCGGGCUCGGAUUACAUUUCCGGUCCCAGAAGCAAGUGGAAGAUUUUGAAAAGGCCAUUCUAAGCAUGUGUUCUCAGUCAAGCUUUUCUUGGGAUCAGCCUAGCAGCUCUGGCUACGUCUAUGAUGUUGUAGAUCCGACAGCGGACCAAAAGCAGUAUAAGGCCAUUCUGCUCAUCCAGUCUCGUUUGACCUGGAAAUACUGCAGCCUCUACUACGUCUACCGAGACACAGACUAUGACUAUGACCACACAACCCUACGUGUCCGGUUUCCGCGCCUAUUCUACACCGAUUAUAUCUCGUCGCAUGUUGACAAGUUGUACCCAGCUGACCGUCCAGUAUCAUUCUCCCAUUGCGAGAAGAAGGUCGGAAAUAUGAUAGCAGAAUUCGACGAGGAACCGCUACUGCGUAGCUUUAUGAGCUCGCUAGCCAACGGGUACGAACUUCUGUACUCACGACGCGCUGCUUCCCUAGUGACCAAAGGUAAAAGUCUUUUCGGAACCAGAAAGUCAAGCAAAGGUGAAACGCAAGUACAGCUAUGGCGAAAAGGGGCGUCUAUUCAGAUGUCGUCACGGUGGGAUGAACAUAUCACCGACAAAUGGCUGACCGUCUCCGUUAUGCCGGGUACACUACAGCAGACCAAAGAUAACCGACAUGAUUUUGUUUCAGCUUUGGAAGGUGACUCUGUUCCUCCUGCAUACGGAGUAUGA